AUGGCCACUCAUGUCCUGACGGCCACCACGGCCGGGCCCGGUACCGCCGUCGCCGGCAACAAUCAGAUCUCAGUGUACGGCCAACCCUCGCCGACCAACUCGACCACCACCACUCCCACCAACAACUCGCCCACCUCGCCCCGCCUCACCAACAGCACUCUGCACCAGCUGCCGCUCCAGUCGCGCCAGCUGCGCCCGCUGAAGGGUCCUCUCUAUGUCCCCGCGGCUCUGCGGCCCACCGAACGCCCCCAGAAGUCCUCUCCCAUCACCCCACCGCGCAGCGUGCACGGGUCUCUGGACAGUCUGAACGAAGAUACGGAACCCAUCAGCCGUCGCUUUACUAUGGAGAGCAAGUCCAGCGGAAUCAGCAAGGUCGCCGAGCACGAGUGGAUGAAGACCGAGCACUUGGGGCUGGUGACGGGUCUGCCGACUCGCGAUCACUGGAAAGCCGACGCUGCUUCCUCCAACUGUGACUCGCCUACCUGCCGCUCUUCAUUCGGCCUGUUCGUGCGCCGCCACCACUGCCGCCACUGUGGUCAUGUCUUCUGCUACAACCACACCCCUCAUGCCGUUCCUCUCGACCAGAAUGCUCGCUUCCACCCCGACGGCGUCCUCUCCCGCGCUUGCGACCUCUGCUGGAGCGCCUACCAGCGCUGGGAAGAGACCCGCACCGACCGCCUGAACAGGAUCCAGAACUCCAUCGACGCCAAGAACACCGAGGGGGAGACCACUCCGUUAGCCGAGGAUCUCGAGGCCAGUGAGAACUCGGGCCGUACGGCUCUCAAGGCCAAUCUGGGUCAGACUCCCGACGUGGCCGCCAGCGUGCCCCGUGACUGGAAUUGGAGCACAUUCUGA